AUGCCAGAAGAGCCUAAAAGAAAGAAAAAUUCUUGUCGGAGAUACGUGAAGAGUGCAGACAUUUUUGCUAAGCCUAUACAACUCACAUUCAAAGGAAAAGAGAAAUUUCAAAGUUUUGCAGGUGGAUUUUUAUCUGUUCUUGUGUUUCUAUUUAUCUUAAGUAUUUUCGCAUACAAACUUCGUGAUAUGAUUUUAAGAAAUCAAGCUUAGAUUAAAAAGAAUACAUUAGUUAAGAUAAGUAACUCAUAUUCACCUCCUGAGGAUUUAUCUUCAGGAAACUUAUCCUUUGCAUUCAAACUAUCUGAUUUCUAUGGUAAUGCGAUCGUUGAUGAACCACGGCACGGAGAAUUAAUAUUAAAAUAGUUCGAUAUAAAAAUUCAUAUAAAUGAAACAGAUGGAACAAGCUACAGAACCUUUGACAACUAUAUUGUACCAACAUCUAAGUGUGUAGUAGGAAAGAACUUCUUCUACCCAGAUCUGAAUGAGAUUAAUUAGCAUAAUAUUGGAUUAUACAAAUGCCCAGAUUGGAAUAAUUUAACUAUUCAAGGCAACUGGUAUGCGCCUGAAUAUAAAGGAAUCACAUUAGUUUAUUAAAGAUGCCAGAAUAAAUAGAUUUGCUCAAGUGAUGAUGAAUUUAAGCAAUGGUUUGCACCUAUAUUGAUUCAAGAAAUAUUUACAUCUUCCUACUUCAACAUUGGAGAUUUCAACUCACCUAUCAAAUACUUCUUGGAUGAUAUUUGGUAUAAUUUAUAAUAUGGCAGGAGUGUUGUGCUUUAAACUUUUGUAAAAAAGAAUUUGAUCGAGCUAUCAGAUAACCUGUUUGGAUUAUUUUAUACUUAGGUGAACGAUUACUUCUAUGAAAUGUCUAAAACAGUGUAUUUCACAGCAGAUGACUAGAAAGGUCCAGGACCUGGGGUGAUGUUUAGCCAAGAUAUUAUACUUGAUAAAUAAUUUGAUAUUUAUAGCAGAUAGGUAUAUACUUUAACAGGAGUACUGCAAGAUAUUGGGGGAUUUUAUAACUCUUGCAUUUUCAUUUGUGUUGUGCUUUAUACAAGAUUCUAAUACACGCUAUUCUUUUCAGAACUCAUUUCUAAGGUAUAUUAAGUUGAUCUUAGAGGAAGAUAAAGAAAGAAGAAAUAUGACCUAGAUGGAGUAGAUGAAGAAAAUUCGACAACAAACAUAAAAAUGAAAUCCUUUAAUUUCUAGAGAACUUACUCUAAUUCUCAAAUAUCUUAAUAUGUAAAGCAUUCCUCAUCUAACAUCACUGAAGAACUCUUAAAAUAUCUAGGAUCAUAUGUGAGUGCGAGGUAUAGAAUGAGACUAUCUUGCAAAGAGAUAAUGAAAGCGCAUAUAUGUAGAUUACUCUGUUUCUUGUGCUGGAAUAAAAGACGCGGCAAAGAAGCUCAUAGAUUAAAGCUUUAAAAGAAAGGUGAAGAGAAAUUAAGGAAAGAGUUAGAUUGCGUAAAUAUAAUGACGAAGAUGAGGUAGCUUAAAAUCUUCUUGUCAUAUUUCUUUAAUAAAAGGUAGAAAUUUAUGAUGAUGUUUGCCAAAUAAAAUUUAUUAUAACUCUCUGAAUCAUCUAACUCAGAAGAUGACUAUCAGAGAAUUAAAAAAAUAAUAUAAAAUGCUGAUGUAUUAAAUAAUGAUGAGAAUGAUUACAAAGCAUAAAGCUUAAAUUUGCCCUAUAAAAGAUAAAUGAAUGAGGCACUUAAGCACUAUUUUAAUCCUAAACUAACUUCUGAGAUUGAUAAGAGGCUAUUGUUUGGAUUGUUAAAGAAAGAUCCAUCAAAAUUAGCUAAUUAGCAAGAGUCUGGCGGCUCAUCUGAUAAUAUCAUUGACAUGAAGAAAAAUCUCAAUAAAGACCCCACAAUGAUAUAGUCUGAUUAUGACUCUCUAGACCACAGUAUGAUAUCUCCAUAUUAAAUUUCUCAUAAUAAUGCUGCCGAUAAGACAGUCAAUGAUUUUCAUACAUAAGGUACCUUAGUUUAGGCGACAAAUAAAUUUCCUCCUUAAGACAAGACAAUUAGAGAUGGAAUUGGCACACUGAAAGUACUAAUGUAGAAAAAAGCAAAGAUAUCUAAAAAUGGUUCUAAAUCAAAAUCAAGAAUGGUGGCAAUUGAAGGCAAGCAUGAGAAAUUCACUCAUACUCAUACAAUGAAAAACAAAAAGCUUAUGAAAACAGCUAAUCAUGAACUAAGUUCUGAUGAUGAUGAUAAAUCUCUUGGACAGGUUUUCAAGAAUUGA